CACUUGCAGUGUGUCAUGUUAAAUUGUAAUUGUAAAUGAAAUUGUGCACAACAAUAUUAUAUAAAUAAUCAUGCUUACCAGUGAAAAUUUCCGACAAACAUAUAAUCAUGAAUAUAUAAAUACAUAUAUAUACGUGAACGUGGUGAAAUAAGACCUUUUGUCUCUUACUAUGUAAAUAGAUCUAUCAAAAUAUAAUGGCAUUCUCAUUUAGAGCCGGCACUAAUUGGUGUCACGAUUUUCCGAAACUGGCCAGAGAGUCAGGAUUUUAUUUUAAUAUGCAUGGAUCCAGAGUACGAGUUGAUUGGAAUCGCAUAAACACUAUAGACAUAGAUAGACUCAUACGCGAGAGAGAUUUCUCAAGUAUUGAAGAAAACAUUAAUAACGUAAUAGAUUAUUCUCUGGAAAGCGAGUAUGAUGUCAAGAUUUUAGAUUCUAAUUUUGUUAAACUAUUCAGACUUGCACAACUAUCGGUCGAGUAUUUAUUAUAUUGUAAACAGUAUUUGGAUCAUAGCGUAAUAAUACUGAAAGAUGAAUUAAGACAGAAAAUAGAACAAAAUGUUAGUAUGAAAAAAGAAAUUGCUACUUUGGAAGAUACUAUAAAAAAUUUAAAAGAUAAAUCAAAGGAAAAACGUAAAUUAAUUGAAGCCAACAUUGGUGAAAUUUCCAAUGGAGAAAUUUUCAAGUGCCCACAUUGCCCAAAAACAUUUGUACGUGCUAUAUUUGUAAACGCUCAUAUAGCGCGUAAACAUUCGUAUGUAUCGGACAUGAGUGUAACAAUAUCGCCUGUGCAUGAACAUUAUCGAGUAGAAACGGAAAAAUUACACAAUGAGAUAAAAACAUUGAAAGAAAGACUCAAUCAAACUGAAAGAGUAAUAAGAAAUGAGUCUGAUAAAUUGCUGGAUAACACAGAGGAUUAUGCAAAAAAUACAAGUAAAAAUGAAUAUAUCAACAAAUUAGAUAGGUUUCAAGAGCAAAGAAAAUAUCAAGAAGAUAUAAAAAGUUUAAAAAGCAUGCUGUUUGAUGAGAUACAUGCACUAAGAGAAAAAGAUCAUGUCGUAAAUGAGAGCAUCUUGGAAACGAAUAUAAGAACUUUGAUCAGUCAACAAGAGAAAGAAAUUGAUGGUUUAAGAAAUCAACUUCUUGAAAGAUUGACUCCAGGUAUGGAAAAUAUGCAAAUUAAACUGCAAACUCAAGAAAAUUAUUGGAAAGCCAAGAUAGAGGAUAUGGAAGCUCAACAUCAUCAGGAUAUCGAAAGAUUGACCACAGAACUAAAAGUAACUCAGCAAACAGCUGAUCGUAUAAAAUCUGAGUAUGCAUCUAAAGUACAUGAUUUGGAAAAGCAGUCUAUGAAUCAAUCCAAUAUGUUGGUGGAACAAAGAAAGCAAUUAAAUAAUUUGUCACUUGAGAUUAAUAAUUCACAAACACAGAGCAAUAGUUAUAAGACUAGGAAAAAGGAUAUAGUAGAAGAAUUCCAUAAAUCUCCUUUGUUAAAAAUAAGACGCGCUAACAAUUGUAAUGAUACUGAAAUUGAUGGCAAGAAUUUAAAUAGUAUUGAACAUGCCGAGAUAAUCAUUGAAGAUGUCGGUAGUGAAUCUAGUCAAGAAUAUAGAGAUAAGCCAAUAUCAAUCGCAGUACAAUAUGAGCCUAAUAAAAAUGAUUCUAUAAGAAAUAAAGAUAACAAAAAACUUGAUUCUAGCAAGAUUGUGGAACAUGUUAUAAAAUCCAAUCUGAAAAAUACAGAAAAAACAGAAGUUAAAAAGUUAAAACAUAAAGUAAAACACGAUACAUUGAAUGAUGUAAAUAAAAUAACUGAUUGUACAAGUAAGAGCUUCAAUACCAAACAAAACAUUUGUGUUAAUGUAAAUAGAAAGUACCUAGAUAUUACAAAUGUUGAAAAAGAAAGAAUAUUACAUUCUAAUGAUAUGACAAAUGAUAAAAAAUCUGAGUUUUUGGAAAAGCAUAGUGUAAGUUCUAUUACAGAGUCUGAAUCUUCAUCAUUGAUGUCAGAAUCAAGAUCUGAUAGUGUGAGUGUUACAGAAGACGAUGACGUCACAGUAAAAAAAUAUGAAAUACCUAUAGUUAAGUCUCCCAGUAUCAGAAAGAUGUCAAUACAAGAAAAUGCACAAAGUAUGUUAGAUAACCGAUUGAGAGAUUUAGGAAUUGAUCCAGAGUGGCAGGGAAUACCUGCAGCAACAUUUAAGCAGAAAAUGGAAAUUAUAAAACACCAGCAAAAUAUUAAUGCAAAAAAACUAGAUCGAUACAAUCAAAUAAAACAAAAAAUACUUGAAAAUGUUCUUCAAAGAAUAUCAAUAAAUUGUAAUGAAUCAAAAUAUUCUACGCUUGCGAAAAAUUCUCCAUCAAAUAAAUCAGGUACUCAAGUGAAAUUAAAGGCUUGGAAAGCAUUUAGUAGUCACAAAGACAACGAUAAAUAUACAUCUAUUCAGAGAACAGAAAACACAACGCCUUCGAAAUUGCAUCUAAGACAGAAGAUUGACCUUCUUCCUAAAAGAUAUAAAGAUGACGAGACUUAUGAGAAUACGCGCGAAUCAAAGAGAAAUGAAGCAGAUAUUUACAUCAGUCCAAAAGUGGCUUCAACAUAUCCAAAAUUGAUUCGAAAUAUUUCCUCCGCGAGUUCUAUUGAAUCUCAGGAAGAUAUAAAACAGAUUCCAUCUACAAAGAUAAUUGUAUCUGAUAUUAAUAUGCGCAAAAUAAAUUCUCCGAUCAGAAAACAAGUAGUGUCGAAAUUUUCGGAAAAUAACGAUGCGGAUAAUACAAUCAUACAACAAGACGAUUCAAUUGUAUCUCCGAAAAAUAGUAAAAGUGUCCUAAAACCGAUGAGUGGUUCAGUUGGUAGUUUGGUAAAGAAAAAAGUUUUAUUCGAUUUAGAUGACAGAAAAGAGAAUACGAUGUUGGAAACCGAUCAAAGAAAGGACCAAAUGAAUAAUAAUGAUUGGAAUAUUUCGAGUUCUCCUGAGAGGAUAGAAUAUGGAUUACAGAAAGAGAAAUCUAUGAGCACGAGCAAUAUCAUCUUGAAAACUUCGCAAAGUGAUAAAAUCGCGGAAAUAUCAAAGAAGAUACAGGAACAAUUGAGCAUCGCAAGAAAACCACCUGCAGGAUCAGUUGAAACGAUUUUUCGAUCCAACACAAACUUACAGGAUCUAGCAAACUAUAAUGCAGAAAAUGAUUUAUUGAAAUCGAUCAGUCUUACGAGCUCGAUCUCAGACAAUCCAGUGCGAAAUAUUAUUACGAGUCCAAAAGCGAAAGGUAGUAUAGUUCCACAACCUGCCCCACGAACUCUGAAAGAUAAAGACCUUACUAUUGUCCAACAUAAAAGUGAAUUAAAGUACUCUGAUUUGGAUUCGGAUAUAGAUGAAAUCUUACAGAUGGAAUAAGAUGUUUUAUAUCAGGUGAGGCAACGUGUUUAUACCACGACCGGAUAUAGCGGAUUUAAAGGACGUUAUACAAUUGCCUUCUAAAUUCAAUUCCCGGAUAUUCAAACCGUCCAAA